AGAUUGAAACUUUCGCAUCUUUUUUAAAAAAUAACCACAACCCAUUUCUUGAUGUAGUGUAUAAUUGGUGAAUUUAGUGUCUUUUUAAAGAAUUAUGAUCUGGAGUUGACGGAAAAAAAGGAGAGAAAUUAAAUUAAAAAUCACCCAACCCACGUUGCUCUACAUUACAAUUGUCCAAUCAUUGGGUGGACCAUGUAAACAUGGGGUGGUGUCAUAUGGCAUACUUAAUAACUCUCCCUUUCCCUUUCAAUUAGAUUUUUUUUUUAUAUGGCUCACUCUAGCUCAUAAUCUAGAUACGUUUUUAUAGAAAGAGGUUUCCAUACUCUUUUAAAGAAAUCUAACUUAACAAUAUAGGUUACUGGUAGGCUUGACAUGUUAUAAACUAAGUUUAGUUGAUAUGAUUAAGACAUAUGGGUUCGAUUGAGAAAUGGUUAAAAACGUGUUUGAUUACCUAAAUUCUAUAGUUAGAAUGGGUUGGUUAGAAUGAGAAGAUGGAAGGGUUGAAAAAGAGUUACUCCCAAUCACAUAAAAUGAGAUGAUAUUAAUGAGGGGAUUAAGGGAAUAGCGCAAAUUCUGUGGUUCCAGGCUUGCAAACUAAUCCUACAGAAAGGAGUCGUGGGGCAAAAGUAAUGGGCGGAGGGGUUUGCUUCAAAGCCAACCGAAUCUCACUCCUUUCCUAGCCUCCUCUCACUUACAUUGCAUCUUCUUCUUCUUCUGCUCUGUUCUAUAUAUAUAACUUCCUGUCUCGUCCUUUUCCAUAUCAGACCUCUUUCUUUGCAUCAAUGGCGGAAACCCCAGAUGAAAAUCAAGCCCAAUUCAUCAAGGGAAAGCGAACCAAACGCACCAGGCCUCCCUCUGUUGCUUCAUCUUCCAGCGCUGAUUGUUCCAGUUCGUCGGCGGGGCUUACAGAGCAAGAAGAAGAAGAUCAAGAUUUGGCCAAUUGUUUGAUUCUUUUGGCGCAGGGGAGAACAGGGGAUUGCGCCUCUGUUUUGGUUCAACACAAUCAAUCUCUGUUCGCUUAUCAGUGCAAGACUUGCGAUCGUUGUUUUCCUUCUUUUCAAGCCUUGGGUGGACAUAGAGCUAGCCAUAAGAAACCCAAAAUCUCUAAUUCUCUUCAAACCCACGACCCUCAAUUUCACCUCUCCUUGCAGUUAUCCACCGGCCGACCACCGGCGAGUUUCGCCGCCGGUGACGUCGUUAAGUCUAAGGUUCAUGAGUGUUCCAUUUGUGGAGCGGAGUUUUCUUCUGGGCAGGCACUUGGUGGUCAUAUGAGAAGACAUAGAGCGUUGACCUCUACGGCGUCGGUGGCGAGUAGAGGUGCUACUGCUACGCCGCAGUUGCAGGAGUUGAUGAUUAAGAAAGAGAGGAAUGUGUUGGAGUUGGACCUUAAUCUUCCGGCGCCAGAGGAUGACCGGCACCGGACGGCGGUGGCUGUGUUCUCCGCCGCAUCGUCACUGGUGGAUUGUCAUUACUGAUUGAUUUUUUUUUUUUUUUUUUUUGGGUCUUGUUGCAAAGGUCGCAUCAUAUGCACCAAAUUGAACCCCCCAUCAAUUGGGAUUUAAUUAAUUCCCCUGUGGGGUUUGAAUUUGAUUAUUCAUCAAAACCAUUCCAUUUAAUGUCUCA